GCGGCCAAAGCUACCCGACCGCACCCGUGUGCCACACCGCAUGAAAUUAAAAAAAAAUGCGACCCAUAAACAAGUGCUAAGUGUCAGUGUGGCUGUGGGGGAUUUUAACACAUGUGGCAAAGGGGUAUAAGGUUCGAUACGGCGUGGCAUAAGCCGGGGUAGUUUCGAACGUGUUUAGAACGUCUUUGUGCUUCGGAAUGAUACGGUGGCCUCGUGACAUGUGACGCGGGUCCGUGAGCGGCAUGCGGGUCGCACGCUCCGAGCGGGCCGGUGUCUCGCUGGCCGCGCUCGCUCUACUGCUGGUAUGGCCGCUCUGUACCGCCGAGGAUACCACCACCGCUGCUCCUUUCAAUGCAGCAACACGCGGCACGUCAAUGUACGGCGACGGCUGCUCCAUCACCAACGACUGCGGCUUCGCUGACUCCAUCUGCGACGAGAGCCUCAAGACCUGCCACUGCCACCCUGACAAGCCGGCUACCAACUACGUGGAUAAAUGUGGAAAACCGUCAAGCAUAAACGAAACAUGCACGUUCAACGAGCAAUGCGAGGAGGCGGUGAUCAUGACGGAGUGCCGCAACGACCGCUGUGCGUGCAAGUACGAGAUGGUAGCCGAGGUGACCGUCGAUGGCGGCGUGGUCUGUCAACCGGAAAAACAAGUGGAACCUUCGACGAAGACAAUCGACCCGGCGAUGAUCGGCGUGCUGGUCGGCAUGGCGCUCAUGUUUGUCAUCAUCUGCGUCGUGCUCCGGCUAUUUAGCAGGGCCCGAUGGAGAGAAAACCGUACAAUCUUCAACACGCCCAAUCCUCGACUGAUGAAUGUUUCUCUGCUGAGGGACUCCAAGCUGCUGCAUUCUCAGGACCGCCGCGGGUCCCGCGUGAGUAUGCGCCCGCCGUCAAGACAGGCCAGUCAGCAGGAGCUCAGACCCCAUUCACCUAGUCCAGGGUCUCGACGUGGAUCAAGAGCCAGCAGUGGGCAUUCAGCGACCUCUCUCAGGUCCGCCACUCUCCGGUCACCAACCACUCCUGGCCCCACAUCCGUCACCGUGGAAAUUAGACCUCCAGAUGCGUAAAUUAUUAACAACGUUAACCAACCUAAAGUACCUAAUAAAGUGAAAAUUAAAAUUAAUAAUAUAGAUGAAACGGUAUCUAAAAUUAAAACGGAAUGUAAUCUAAACGUGUUUCUUAAAUGAAAUGCUAUUAAUGUAUUUUUUAAUACAGCAAUUUCUGUAGCACAUGCUAAAUAAUGUAACGUGAGAAUUCAGUCCAAAUGUUUACAAUAUUUGUGAUAAUAUUUACCAAUCGUUUAACAUUAAAAUUAGGCUUACACUCAUCAUCAAAAAUAAAGACUUUACUAUUAGCAAUAAUAAAUAAUCGUGCACUGUAUCUAUAUGACAGCCACUUAAAAAAGUGCCUCUAAAUCAAAAUGCAUAAAGGUUUGUUUCUCAUGAAUAUUCAAAUUAUAAAAAUAAGAUAAACUACAAAACACAAAUAUAGAAGUAAUUUUCACUAUAAACUAGAUUAUGAAAUGUAACCACAUACAAAUCCAAAACUUAAUUUUCACAAUCCAGAUAAGUCACCUUAGAUCUAUAGCACAAUCCAACGAUAUUUUUAGUAUUAAGUAUAGUUUUAAAGUUUAGCUUUUUUAGCGUUAGAAAGAUCGCUUUUUGCCAACGUUUGUAGUCUCAUAGUUAAAUUAGUUUAUUAUUAAUACGUAAGCAAGAUGUAUCGAUAAUUUCAGAUUUCUCUUCUUUUGGAUUCCUCGUAAGUGGAUGCUAGAUUUGUGAUUCUAUGCCUUAGGGUAUUAGCUUACUAAAGUAAAAGGUAGUAGGCGAAUGUAGAAGUAAAUAUUUAUUUACGGGGACCAUCUCCUUGAUAGGAAUGAUCUGAAUUUCGAAUUAGGGUGGACUUAGCUUAGAGAUGGAAGCUUCGCUUUCUACAUCUAUUACCACUAUAAGAUUAUAAGUAGCUUUAACUUUGAAGAUGGAUGUCGCUUUUAAGUUGAGGUUUCAUCGAGAGAGUGUUGUGAAUCGAAGUUAAUUUUAUUCUCAUUAUUUCUCUUUUUAUAUCUUAACCUAAAACAUGUGUAAAUCGGGGAAGUUUACACAUUCUAAAAGUUAUAUGUGCACUUUGAAGCUUUGACCAAAUAUAGGUAAACGCAAACGCACAAACGUCAAUGGUUACCAUAGUAGACGUUUCAUCUGAUAUAAUUAUCACUUAAAUAAAAACAGUGUUUAAAAUUAAUGCAGGAUCAUAUUCAUCUUCAUUAAAAUGUGGAAUCUACUUCAAUUAAGGGGAAAAAUUGUCGUAGAAUUCCACAUACCUCUUCGUGUUUUGGUAAUGCAAGUAAAUUAUGGACUAAGCUAUCGUAACUAAUAAAAUGUGCUCACGUCAUGAAAGUAAUAUUUCUAACACUGUUCUAGUUAUAUAUACCUACUGAAAUUAUGCUGUAAUUUAAAUAUAUAAACUUUUAUUAAAACCUAUACUUCCGAA